AUGACAAGGGUCCAGGGCCUCAAUGGCGCGAUGGGCGAUUUCCAAGUCAGAUUACCUCCUGAACUUUUUCUGCGCAUCGCCGAAGAACUAGGAAUUAUAAUCAUGAGCGAUUCGUUUCAAAAUCAGUUGGCUCAAGAUGAAGCGAACGGCUCUCUGGCCGAGGACGAUUCCGAGCAAAACAUCGAUCAUGCGGUGAGGCAAGUAACAGUCUGCCUGCAGGAAUGUCCUACUCUGUCCAUGCUCCGGGCUAGCACAGUUUCCCGGUACUUUCGCGAGAAAAUUCUAUCCAUCGCUCUCAGAUGGGAUGCUGCCAGCGAGAAUCCGCUGGCCAUCCACUUCGCUGCCUCGAGAGGAUAUGCGACGUUACUGAGUAACGCUUUGAAGCAGCCGGGUGCGGAUCCAAACUACACUCCAACAGGUUUCGGUCACGCUGCAUUGUCCCCCGUCAUGGCCGCGACAUACAUGGGCCACUUGCAGAGCGUCCACCUACUCCUCGAUGCCGGCGCUAAUGUCAGAGACCUCGAGGGGUUGGAACAGAGGUGGCAAGUUGCUCCUCUGGUCGAAAGCUUCACCACGCAACUCCGUAAUGCGAUGAGCGUCAACCGUUUUUGCGUCAGGUCACCUCUUCAUUUGGCUUUGCUGGCACCCAAAAACGCAGUAGAAAUUUUCCGGUUGAUACUUGAAAAAGUCACACCUCAAUCCCAGGACCGGUACAUUGCCGACCCCAACACAAGAAUGUUCGCUCAUGCCGUUGCCCAGGAUCACGUCGAUUUAGUAGACACCCUAAUGCAGUCUGGGGCGCAAUUAGAUCAUGGAGGCCAAGCCUCCCACGGUCCGAACAUUCCCGUCAUCCAUCAUGCCGUCUCUGCGCAAAUGAUUCGCAAGCUUCUACAGGUCGGUGCUUCCGUACAGACACCUCGCAGAGUCGGUCUCAACGCGUUACACGCCGUCUGUCUGAGCCAAAAGAACUGUGGAUCAGCUGUGCAGGAACUAAUCAACACGGGAAUCGAUGUCAAUGAGAUCACUGGCGGCGGCCCCGAGCGCAACACGCUGAUUGAUAUUGGUGACUCUGUCAGCCAAAUUUUAGCGGGCACGAUUCCUCAGACGGCAUUAAACCUCGCUUGCCGGCAGCUUAAUCUUGCUCACAUCAAGAUUCUCCUCGACAACGGUGCCAAUGCCAUGGGCACAAAUCACAACAUCGAGGACUACAAGGACGAAUUGACAGGCGAAUACUUCCAGGCAUCGCCACUUCACGACCUCUUCCUUCCAGAAAGCCUGCACAAGAACCCCGUGAUAGGGGACAAGGCCAAGAUCAGCGAAGCCAUCAGGGGCGCCAUUGAAUAUCUCUUCACCCGCCAUGGCCAGAUGGCUCUUCAGCGUGAGCACUGGGUUGCCAACCGACACAAAAUCACACACAACUCCCAUCGUAUUGGCAAGAUAGACCGAGAGUUCUGGUACAUGAUACCGCACAAAAGCCGCACAAGAGUCAUAGCAAAAUAUACGCCGCUUCAGCUCUUUUUCAUGCAGCCCCUCGUUGACGACCCGUCUAUACCGGAAGCAAUGUGGAACGCAUGUGACAUCAAGGAACAGAUUAACAGUUUGAUUGAGCCUUUUUGCGUCAGUCCCCUCAUCGCCCUCCUGAGCCACCGCUUCGAUCACCGCGUUGGGGACCUGAACUUCUACCGCCACGAGCUGCUCCGGUGGCUGCUCACACACGGGGCUGACCCCGACGAGGCUGACUUCGAAGGCUUCACCCCGCUUCACCACGCAGCAUUCUGGCUUGAUGAGAUAGCCAUCAAGAUUCUCCUUGAAUUUGGCGCCAAAACUGAGACCAAGGCCGAAUGCCUCUCGCCCCUUGACGUGGUCCUCGGUGGCGUUUACAAUAGGCAUCAGCGAGAUGCCUUGCAAGAACCGUUCCACGACAGCCUCGACACUGCCUGGAAGACGAUGGUGAGACGCGUUGAUCAGGAAGAAGAGGACAUCUACGGCCUGGGGGACGCCAUCCGUCGCUGGGAUGAUGAAAAUCAGUUGCCAAUGUGCGCUCUUCCGAACUAUGAGCUGAACCCAAAGUAUGCCUUUCACAGCUCUAAGCCCUCGCCUCAUAUGAAGGCCCGGCAUUUGCUCCCGGAGCUGCAGAGAAGGAUGACUGAGCGCAAGAAGAGACUCGUGGACAUGUUGCUUCCGAGGAUGCCCCAGCUUCACGCAGCCCGAGACCCGAGCCGCUUUCGUCAAGGUCCCACCGACGACUUGCCGACCACGCUUGAUUGGGCUUGCGCGACGGGCCAGAGUAAUUAUACCAUUGAAUGUCUGUGCCAGGCCGGAUACAAGAUGGGUCUGAGAGUACCCAAGGCCCCAUUUCUGUACAUGGAUUUGAGGACUAUCGAGUCCAACUGGACUCAGAGGCGCUCGGAAUUGCUGAGCACGUAUCCUCAGGCGGUGCCUCUCGUUCCAAUCAGAAAUCGAUAG